CUCAAAGUCCAGGAAGUUGACAGGUCCGUGGUGCAAAGAACCAAACGAGACCUUUAAAUCAACGCAAAGACAAACGAAGGAGCCAUUACUUGGGACUUAUUUCAAUCGGGAAAAGGGCAAGGACAUACUAAAGAACGGUACACCCCCCUUACAUCUGGAAACCAACAUAUUAUUCCCGCUCCUAAAGUCAUUAUGGACCCAAUAUUAGUACUGGGUCAGCAAAGUCAAAACAAAAUCCAAAGUGACUACACCAGGUUGAAGAAUGAAGAAAAUCGGAUCCCUGGAGACUCCAGGCCUUCUAAAAAUCCAACUGUGCCUCAGUUCCUUAAGAAAGAUGUUGAGAACAAGACCCCAGGGAGCACUGGGAAUGGCCAAAAGACGACUGUUAAACCGGGCUCAAGCAGACUUCCAGUCCUUGCAAAGUCCCUCAAUCUUCAGAUCUCAAAGGAAUUUGCACAAUUCCACAAGAGUUGGGAGGAUAAACCUUUGGCUGGAAAAACCAAGUCUAAACAGCCAUGCACCAAGCCCAUGCCUUUCAAUUUCUCUCAGCCGAGGAGCAAAGGAACGGCACCCCAAAACCAAAGAGUUCUCAGGACAUUAACACCAAGGGUUGGCAGUGAUGAAAAUACAUUAAACUCUAGGUAUUCAAAGGGGAACAAUGUGAAUGGAAAAACUCCAAGGAAAGAGGUUGGUGUAGACUUUGCAUCGCAGCUCUCUAUCGCACAAAAACUGGCUACAAAAAAACCAGAGUCAUCUGUUAUUCAAGCUCUAAAUAGAGAUUUGACGGAAAGAAUGGAGACAUUUAAAGGAACUGGGCCUUCAAGUGCUGUGUCCUCGGCGUCUCAUGCUAUUAAACCAAUGACUUCAUCGAAGGUGUCCGUUCAACCGGAUGCUAAAACUAUGCAUCAGUACAACUUUGCGGCCUCGGCCCAGGUGUCCGCAAGCCAAGCGAGUACAGAGGCUUGUCUGAAUAAUCUGGAUCUGCUGAGUAUCAAAGACCCUUACAAAAAGCGGACUUUGCAUGCUGCUGUUGCUGCUAGUUCUUCUAGUGGUUCAGAUGGUAAAGAAGCGGUCUUCAACCUUGACCAUGCAGCCCUGCUCAGUAUCCUGCGAAACGAAGGGGUCGGGGCAAAGCAUGUGGGCGUUGCAACCCCAGAGUCCACGAAGCCCUGUAACUAUCAACGGAUAUCUGUCAUGAAGAGCCACGCAAAGGCUGGAGCCACCCCAGUAGGACCAAUGAGAGUGGCCGUGCACUCUCUGGACCCUGCAGCCAUGCGAAGCACCAUGCAUCGGGAGGGGGUGAAGGCCGGGGGAGCCCUGGAGAAAACCCCCAGCAGGACAGCCUGUCCAACAGGCAGGGAAACCUCCAUCAACACAGCUAGGAGAGUACCUGUGACCAGUCGUCGGGGAGAGUCAGGAACCCCCGCCAUGAAGGGGACCCCCCAGAGAGUGCCAAACACCAGGAACCAGCCCAUGUCUGCCAUGGCCAGUGUGCAUAAAAAGGUUUUUUCGGCACGCCCAGUGUCACACAAUCUCCCGGCCUGCCCUUCAGAGCCGCAGCAUGAGGAUGUGGUCCAAAGACUUUUUGAAGAUCAGGACGACGAGGAAAACAUGGCCAUUUCUGACAGAGGACCGGAGUCGCACGCGGAUCAACUCGCUGACCUAGCCUCCACUAAGGCUGGGGUCCGCUGGGCUGACGGAGGCCACCGGGCGGAGGAGGCUGAGGGGGAGCAGCAGGAGGAGAAGAAGGGCGGUGCGGGGCAGGGGCCCUUCCUCCAGGAGCCCCACAGGGAAUCGGUCAUCUUCUUCUCGACGGGGAAGAAGCUUCUCCGGGCCCCUCGCGUCGAGAAGCCGGAGGGCCCCGUUCAGUCGGGCCCCGUUCAGUCGGGCCCCGUUCAGUCGGGCCCCGUUCAGUCGGGCCCCGUUCAGUCGGUGCCAGAGAGGGAGGUCUCGGACGCCCAGAGAGCGACGGCCCCGGGACCCGUCGGCGCGCGGCCCGAGUUCGACAUUCCCGCCCUGGGAAAGCACUUUGCUUCCAGUCUCCAGCGAGACUUCCUGAUCCGAAAGACCUGUGCAGCCGCGAGCCCCGCCGUAGCCUUGCUGCUCAAGCGCCGGCUCCUAUUGGACGAGCUUCGCCUGGAUGAGGAAGUGGCCACCUACAUCGGCUGCUCGGCCCCUGACACCCAGUCGUUCCAGCGGCCCAGACCCCGCUGUGGGAACCCCCUGGCCGCCUUUAUGCACUUCCAGGACUCGACCACUUUUGUGCCUGUGGGAUGUGAAGGCUCCCCUGGUUCUGCCUCUCCGUCAAGGGAGAGAUGAAUCUUUGCACUAGCAGUCUUUCCUCGUGUUACUGUCAAACACUGUAGUAGCAUACGUACUAUGAAGGAACCAUGCAACAAUGUAUUUUCCUCUAUUUAUAUUCAUCCAUCACAGUAUACAUCCAACAUCUGUGCCUAAAAGUGUUAAAUAAUGUAGUUAUUAAUUUUUUGAUGUGUUGUUGACAAUAUUGUAUUUGUAGACUGCAAUUUUUUUUAUAAUUUGAACUAUUUUCUGUAUUAUGCAUUAUGCUUUAUAUUGUGAAACUUAACGUGGUGUGUGGACCUUAAAUAUGACGUCUAUAUGUAAAUUGUUAAAUGUUUGUAUAAAUUGGCUGUUUUCAGA